AUGCAAAGUGCUGAUUCAUGGGUCGCUGAAGAAGCUCCUCCAUGGAAGAAAUUCAAAUCAGAGUUGCAAGUUGAGAAAGGAAGCAACAAUAAAGGUGUCAGUAAUAGCCCUUCUUCUGCAGGUAUUUUUUCUGGUUCUCAGCAGCAACCCACCACAGAUGAUUCCCAGCAGAAUGUCCCUGCGUCAGAUUCCCAGCUGAAUGUCCCUGCGUCAGAUUCCCAACAGCACAUAUCCACAGCUGAUUCCCAGCAGAAUGUCCCUGUGUCAGAUUCUAAGCUGAACGUUACCACAGCUGAUUCCCAACUGGUAGCUGAUUCUCGACAGAACAUCCCUACUACAUCUGAUUGCCAGAAGGACAUCAUGGUGUCAGAUUGCCAGCAGAACCUCCUUAUAUCUGAUUCCAGUCAGAGUUUAACCAAGUCUGUGCCUGUGGAAACUGAUUCCCGUUCAGAUGUCCAGAAGGAAAAUAUUUGUGAAAUGGUCUCAUCUGGAGAAAUUGGUCCGUUUAAGCCGCAGCUGACUGAAAUGGAAGAAGUUGAAAAUGAAUAUCAGCCUUACAACUUCAGCCAAGUACCCAAGUUCUUAGCCAAUUGCUCAGAAGAAUUCCAAAAGAGUAAUUUCCUUAAAGGAUGCAAGUGGGCACCUGAUGGCUCUUGUAUUCUGACUAACAGUGAAGAUCGUUGUCUUCGGCUAUUUAACCUCCCAGAACAGAUUUACAAUUCAGAAAUAAACAACAUUCCACCAUUGGAAUCUGUUCUGAAGAUGCAAGAAUCUGGGACAAUCUAUGACUAUUGCUGGUACCCUGGUAUGUCUUCAACCAUGCCAGAAACAUGCUGCUUGCUUAGCACAUCAAAAGACACACCGGUUCAUAUGUGGGAUGCUUUUACAGCAGAAUUACGAUGCAGUUAUCGAGCCUAUGACCAAAUGGAUGAAGUUGUUGCUGCCAACAGCCUGGCAUUUAGUUUGGAUGGCCAGAAACUUUAUUGUGGUUUCAACAAAAUGAUCAGAGUGUUUGAUGUUGAGAGGCCAGGGCGUCAGUUCACUGAACGACCUACAUAUGUUAAAAAAAGUGGCGGACAAGCUGGUAUUAUCUCAUGUAUAACUCCAUCUCCAGUGAACCACAAUCUUUAUGCUACAGGGUCUUAUUCCAAAGAAAUUGCUCUCUAUUGGGAACCAGCUGGUAAUCUGAUGUGCAUGUUCCAAGGGCAUCAAGGAGGAGUAACUCACAUUCUCUUUUCUCCUGAUGGCAACAGGAUUUACAGUGGAGGACGGAAAGAUCCAGAAAUCCUGUGCUGGGAUCUGCGGAGCCCAGGCACCAUUCUGUUUACUCUACUUCGGCAGUCAGAAACUAAUCAAAGAAUUUAUUUUGAUUUAGACAGAUCCGGUCGUUAUAUAAUGUCUGGUAACCAUGAUGGUACAAUUACAGUGUGGGAUACGACAGCUGCUCCUGUAACAGUAAGCAGUGACACAGAUCCACUCCUCUACCCUUGUCUGAUAUACCCCGCCCACAAUGACACAACAAAUGGAAUCAGGUGA